GAGUCUCCAAGCUUGGCCCGAUUUUUUAGUGUCUCCGAGGCCGAUUUACUUGCUUGCCGAAUCCCAGAAUCAUCAAAAAUACCCCUAGCAGCAGAGGAAUUGUCUUACCUCGAGGCAAAAGGGGCAUUCUUGCUUCCAUCCCCAGAAAUGUGCGAAGAGCUCAUAAGAUGCUAUUUCGAGUUUGUACACCCUCUCCUACCUGUUGUUCAAGUGACAAAUUUCUUGAAAAGCUACCGUGCAGGAGAGAUGGCCUCACAGAGUCUGCUUCUCCUCCAAAGUAUGUUCUUUGCUGCUAGUAAUUUCGUAUCUCUAGAAAUUCUGGCACGUUCCAAAUAUCCCUCAAUCAAGGACCUGAAAAAAGACCUUUAUCAGCGAGCAAAAGUGAGUACAGCAAGUAGGCCAUUCCCUAAUCAGGUAGCUUAUUAUUUGCAGGCUCUCUAUGACAUGGAUUACGAGAAGAACAAAAUAUCGCUCAUACAAGCCGUACUUCUCUUGGGGUAUUGGUAUGUUGAUAGCAAUGAUCGGCUUGACAGUUGGCAUUGGGUCGGUGUCGCCAUCAGCCUUGGUCAGUCCAUUGGUUUGAAUCGGAGACCCCGUGCCUUGAACAUCCCUCGCUCCCAAAUUAGCCUUUGGAGGCGGCUGUGGUGGUGUUGUGUCUACCGAGAUCGAUGGCUAGCUUUUGGGUUAUGUCACCCUCAGCGCAUUUGGCUGGAAGAUUGUGAUCUAGGUAUGGUGACUCUUGAUGAUGUUGUUGGCCAGGCUUCUUCUGCUAUCCUAAGUGAAAAGGAUGAAAAAAUCCUCACUCGGGCUGUAGAUAUGGCGCCCGUUUUUGUCGAAUUAGCCCAGUGGAGUGUGCAUCUAGGCUCGGUUCUGCUAUGUCAAUACAGGCCUGGGGAGCCUGAAGAUCCCUCGAAGCAGGUUGACUCCUGUGAGGCAUCAUUGACUACAUGGUACAAUAGUCUCGACCGGAAGCUAAAGCUUGAUACCGUGACGGUGCUUAAUGAUCCUGAUCAAACAUUUACGUUGCACAAACACAUACUUUACAUAUUCUUCCAAUCUUCCAUUAGUACAACCGCUCUCACAUCAAUAACUGCAAUAAAUUUCCUUGAAGGGCUCUGGACCAACGGACUGGCCAAAGAAAUGGCCCAACAGAAGCUAGAUCUCUCUUUGGCUGUCUUGAAUGAAAUUGGAGACAGAUACUGGGGUGCCCAUUUCGCACGCGCAUACUUCAAAGCCGCUUUCAAAUCCAGCGAAUCAGCCAUUCGGAAUGUUCAUGACCAAACCUUGUCACCCUCACGUCCAGAAACUCAACGGCAAUUACUCAAGAACAGCACGGCGGCAAGCAAGGAGGAUUGCAUUCCUAUUACCAACGAGUAUGACUUCUUGGCAAAUUACUUGACACCAGGCCAUAUGCUACAUGAUUUUGACCUGCUUUUUGAAUCGAGCACACCGUUUGGUAAUCCCGGUUGA